CGCCCAAACCCCUACCCUUCAAGCUGAUCAUGUUUUAUGCGUGCGCAUCUCUUUAAUGCUAUCACGAAUAGUCUGAUAGUUCUCAUCUUACGAAGCGAAAGCGUCAGGACUUAUUCCUCCUUUGAGUCUCUUAACUCCUUCAAUGAGAUCACAUUUAAGAUUAUCUCUAAUAAUCUCAAGCCAGGUAGUGGAGAUUCCUCCAUGACCCUACCACAACUCAACCACGACGCCUAUACGGUUAGGUGGGCAUGUGCUCUUCGCUGCGAAGUCAAUGCCUCUCGGGCAAUGCUAGACGAGGAACACGAACGGCUUCCUCGCGCCCCAAACGAUGACAACAGCUAUAUCCUCGGCCAAGCGGGCAAUCAUAACGUGGUUAUUGCAUUCCCCGGGGCCGGUGUUCACGGUACAGAAGCCGCUGCUCGAACCACUGCGCAUAUGAUUCGAACAUUCCGCAGUAUUCGGUUUGGGCUUAUGGUUGGUAUUGGAAGGGAGGUUCGUCUGAAAGGGCAUAAUGAAGUUUUAUAACCAUUCAUGAAGAUCAAUUGGCGAGGACCAUAUUACAUUAUUGCUUGCAGCUGUUCAUGGAAGGCUUUAAUAAUCACGCAUAUUGAAUCAUGAGACGGCGCAGUUCACAGCUAAUGAGGCGCUACUCUUCAAGUAAAUUAGUCAAAUAGAUUGAGUCAUAUUCAAUUUGUGGUAGCUGAGUUCAAGUCCAAACCAACACAGAGCCUACCUAGGGUUGCAAGUUCUCAAUAGAUGGGUAUAUAUAUAUUUCAAGAGAUGUGAUGAUACAAUCAGAUGACUCAAUCCGGCUUAUUUGUAGUCCUGCUAUCAAUUAUUUCAAGCUGCAACGCGUAAACCGCAGUAUAAAAUGCUAUGUUUGACAUACCGA